GGCAGUCGCCUGGAAAUGGCGGACGGUGGCAGCUGGCGGCCGCCGCGCCCUUGCGAGGCCUACCGCGCUGAGUGGAAGCUCUGCCGCAGCGCCCGGCACUUCCUGCACCACUACUACGUCCACGGCGAGCGGCCAGCCUGCGAGCAGUGGCGGCGCGACCUGGCCAGCUGCCGCGAGUGGGAGGAGCGCCGGAGCGCGGAGGCCCAGCGGUCCCUCUGUGAGAGUGAGCGUGCGAGAGUCCAGGCUGCACGGAAACACGCGCUGGUGUGGGCGCUGAGGCAGAGCCCUCCUGCAGACUGGCACCUCCCUCUGCCACAGGAGGAGAAAGACCAGUGAUGAACACUCCUGAAUGGCUUUCCCUGAUCUGUUUCAAGUGGGGCUGUUGCAGGACCCUAAGGACAGUGACUGGCCCAAAGAGUCUAGUGGGUCCCUGAGAGCUUCCAUCGCUUAGAACACAGAGCCUGAGGUCUCCAGCCCUAUUUGUGCACCCUCUCCAGCAUUCAGAGUGCCCUGCCGCUGCCGUGCUCUGAAGGACAAUGUCACCCACUGCACAGUUUCCAGGAUGCCAGACCCCACUGCCGAUCCCAGUGAGCAGCCGGGUCAGGCUGGUUCAUGUUCCCCUCUGGGGACAGGAGCAUUCUCAGGUAAACUCUUGAGUGGUAGCCCUGACCCAAGUGGUCAUGUAGGGGGAUCAGAAUGAGGCAGAUAAAUCGUUGUGCUGUGGUGAAUGCCUUUCCUGGUCCUGGCCUGGUGAAACUGCAUUGCCAGCCCCUGGUGCUUACAGAGAGCUGCAGCCCACUCACUCAGUUCCUCUGUAGACCCAGGGAGGGUGUUUCUCCUCCUAGGAGAUAAGCCUCUUGAAGACUCUAGGUUUUAAGAAACGCACACAGGUACAAAAUACACAAGCUUGCACUAAAAGGGUUCAUAGACUCUUGGCUAAGAAACCCAAGCCCAAGACACAUGGAAUUUUGGUCUCUUUCCUUCAAAAUAUCCCUUGGUUGUUUUUAGAAAAUGUAGAUUAUAUAUCAAAAGCCAUUUCAUACAUUUGAUUCCAAACAAAAGCUGAACAUUAAAUCCACAAUUUAAUAGUUGAGAUUGUUAGAUUUAGCACCUGACGUUGUACUGGGAGAGUUUUGGAAUUUUGUGUGCUUAUACUCUUGUAAAUGUUUUUAAAAUACAUGCAUAUGAACCAACAAGAACUCUAGUUCUUGAAGAGGUCUUUUUAUUACUAAUGAUAACAAUUUCCCAUCUUGUGGCUGCAUAGCAGGCCUGAUUGUAUGGUGCUGAGGGGGAGGCUGGCUGUGUGCCCAGCACUCUCCCUCCUCCUUCCUGGCCAGUGCGGCCCACUGCAUUUUAGUACCUCCCUCACAACUGGGCCCCAACUCAAGACAUCUUUUAACACAUUCUUUGGGGCAAAAUAAUCCCAUCACUUUAGAAGGGCUUACAUUAAAGAAUAAACUUUGCCUUUUCAUGUGCAUUUUCUCCUAUGCUAUGCCAAGAGUCCCUGUGACUGCAUGUACGUGUAAAUGUUGGGGGAUCAGCACAUAGGUCCCCAAUAGCCUUUCCCUGUGUGUGUAUGUAACUGAGUGGUGGUGGGGAGGUGCACACAGGUCCCCAGCGGUCCUUCCUUGUGACUGUGUGCCUGGGAGUGCCUGUGUGAGGGGAGUGCACAUAGGUCCCAGUAGCCUCUCCCUGUAUGUUUAUGCCUGUGAGGUAAUGUGGGGGUGGAUGGUGUGCACAUAGGGUCCCAAUAGCCCCUUCUAUGUGUGUAUGUACCUGUUGAGUGGUGGGGACGUGUGUGCACAGGUUCCCUAUGGACCCUCCCUGUGUGUAUGUCCCUGUGAGUGGUGUAGGUAUGCACAUAGGAGCCUAGGAGCAGAGGUAAGUAUAAAGAGCCCAUCCCAGGAUGGGGUGCCUUCAUAUCUGAGUCAACCAGAGUAUCUUUUUUGUGGCUGUGGCUACUUUCUGGAGCAUUUCAGGCCAAGGAGGGAAGGCUGCUGGGGAUCUACAGGCAUUCUCUUCACUCUGAAACACAAGACGGGACGUUUGAAUUUUGCAAUCUGCCUGUGAUCCCUUGGGGUUCCUGGGGCAGAGCUGCAGUAGCAGCCAGCAGUCCUGAGGGGCUCACCUCAAGGAAUCCAUGCUCUAUGUGGUUCUUUAGGGUCAGGGGCUGCCUGCCACAGACUGUUCUGUUAGGAUGUCUUAUUCCUUCUCUGUUACUCAAUGAGUCCCACAUUGACAGAAAUCAUCAUUGCACAGAAUGUUCCUACAUCUGGUCCUGUGUUCACCCUUCACAACAUCUGAGCACCUGCUACAUGCCAGGGCCAGGAGGGCUCUGAGGCUCUAGGAUUGCAGUCUUGAAAUGGGCAAGUUACUUCAAAGAGUUACAGUUACAUUUAGGAGACAGACAUAAACAUUUAAACAUCAUUAAGUCUAAAGUGCUGUGAAGACAAUAGAGCAGUAUCUCUUAAAUUUCUUGCAUGAAAUCUGUAAUAACAAGGGUUUUAUGAUCUAUACAUACUUUAUAUAUGCUGCAUAUAUGGUUGAAACGUUUCACAGAACAGUCCUUGUAUAGUGUAUGGUACAGUGACAUUUUCAGUUCUGUGCCACUGAAAAUAAACUGCUGCACAUGCAGCAACUUGGGUGGGUGAAACUUAGGGAAGCUAUGUGCAGAGUUAAAUGGAUACAUAUGAUAGUUCUAUUUAUGUAACAUUGGUGACAUGAUGUAAUUAUAGAUGGAGAGUGGUGACUGCUGCCAAGGGUGAGGGAUGGGAGGAGGACGUGGAUGUGGCUAUUAAGGGACACACAAGGACAUCCUGUGGUAAUGGAACCUUGACUUAUACAGAGCUGAAUGUGUGAUGACAUUUUGUAGUGCUAGACAUACACACAGAUGAGGGCAGACAUAGUGGGAAACCUAAAUACACUCUAGGCUGUACCUGUUAGUCUCUGGGUACACACUACUUGGUGUGUAAGAUGUUAACACUUGUGGAGGCUGGGAGAACCACACACAGCCCCUCCCUGCAGCUUUAUUUCCAACCUCCUGUGAAUCUGUAACUACCUCAAAAUAAAAAGUUAAAACUG